CACCACGGUUCAAGCCGUAGAGCGUGAAGGAAAGACCCGCCCCGAUGUGUGGUGCGUGUCAGGCAGGUGUGUGCUUCGCUGAUGUUAAGUCACACCCCUAGGAGGUGUGCCCUUCAAUCAUCACCCACUCCAGCUGCAUCGCUGCCCCACAUUUGACACUUUUCCUUUUGGAAUCUACAUUCAUUCAGUGGGACUACGUGGCUCUGUUCCAGGAUGUGGAGAAAUCUCUCGAAUCCUUUAGGUGUUUGUAAGAGCCCCCUUUGACGGCACAAUCAGAAAACUGAUUCCGGAACCGAAACAAAGGGAUAAUGGCUUGAAUUGUGGUCAAUAUUUUAUUUGAAUUAUAUGUAUUUAAAAAAAAUGAGGAUUGCUAUGGAGAGCUGCUUCAGUUUUCGCUCUGGUAAAGGAAAGUGUUACGAAAGCUAUACAGUAGAGGGUGGGGGAGAGUCUGGAGGUCUCCCAGUAAAGGAGAAGAAGUGGAAGAGCAAGCGCAAGCUGGAACUGAAGAAGGCCUUUAGUCUGGAUGAAACCCAGCUGGAGACCCAACAGAACAAGAACCUCACAAAGCAGGUUCCACUCAGGUCGCAGACCUUCGACUCCAAUGGAAGCCUAGAAAAGAGCGAAGGCAGCGUCACACGGAGCGGUUUUUUAAAGCACAACAAAACUUUCCACAAACUGUUUCCGCACAUUCCUGAAACUGAAGAUUUAAUGCACGCCUUUGUCUGCGCUCUGCAGAAGGAGGUACCUUAUCAUGGCAGACUGUACGUCUCUGAGAACCAUGUAUGCUUCUACUCGUCUGUGCUGCUCAAAGAGACCAAGGUGGUGAUUCCUGUGUCUAGCAUACACACACUGAAAAAGCAGAACACAGCACUCCUAGUGCCCAAUGCACUCUCCAUCCGCACUAAUGAGGGAGAAAAGUUCUCCUUCAUGUCCUUGAGGAACCGGGAGAUAUGCUUCAAACUCUUGCAGUCUGUUUGUCCCCAGGUGGAGGACCUCAGCACCAGCAGUAGCUUGGAAAAGAGCUUUGACCGUGGCAAAAUUGACUUACUUACGGCUUCCAGUCAGUCAAGUUUCGAGGACAGCUUUGACCAAGUGGAUUCCAGUGCCCUGUUGGAGUCAUCCCUACCCAGCUCAACACAAGCAGUGCCUUAUGAGAAGAGCUCCACCGAGACGGAAAACACUAAUAUGGACAAGGAUGACUCCACACAAGACUUGACAGGUGGUUACUGGGUCUGGACAGUGACAGAGAGAGUCCAGUCUCUCCUCGCCCUGAGAGAUUCCAAUAGCCUCAGCACGCUGCUCUUCAUCUACUUAAUACUGGUGCUGCUUCUCCUGCUGUCUUCAGGGUACCUUGGUCUGCGCAUUGUGUACCUUGAGAAGCAGCUGACCUCGCUUGGCACCCUGUCAGAGUUCUCCCUACAGAGUGGGUACAACGACACAUAAUUUAGUGUCACGGCCGCAGCCUUUUCUGGAUGAAAUGCUGAGGAUGCAGGUAUGAUGGAAGCUGCCGAUCUGUUGUGGAUCUGCUGAUGACUGGAUUCCUCGCCUUGUGUUCUUCCAGGACGGACACCGAAGAGUCCCACUUUUAAGACAGUUUUGAGGAAUUUUUGAACAUUUGAGGAAUGAUUUUGUCCAAAAGCUUCUGGGCGUUUUUCUUCCAGCUAACUCUGAAUGCCCAGAAGAGGGCAGCAAAAAGCAACCGGUUGGAGGGUUAGAGAGACAAAGACCUCUCACGCUAUAUGGCCUGAGGAAUCACGACUACCGAGGGCAAAUGGCACAGACCCACUCAGUCUGCAGCAUGUUCUUAUUUGACUCUAAAGACUUGGCUCAGCACUGGGAGGGACCAGUGGGUUGCACAAACACAACAGUAGAACCACUGACCUUUGGUGCCGGUUUUACAGUAGAUUGAUCUUUAUUGAGAUUCUGUACUUGAAUUGUACUCAGUCUGACGUUUGCCAAGAAAUAUUGAUCUUUAUUACUGCAGGUUCUACACAGACUGAGUGUAGUGAGCAGUCUCCUUUUUAGUACUUUCUUGUAGUGCCAAAGAUCCAUGCAUUGGCCACAGCAUUUCAUGUUGCUUCAUCUUCUGUUUUGCUCACCUUUUCAGCAUUACCUGUAAGCAGGAAAUGCCUGUACAGUAUGUAAUCUAUUCAAAUCUCUUGGUUUGCAAAAGUCUUUUAUUUAACAGUACGCUUCCAACUCCUCAGUAAAAUAAUUAAUGGUGAACUAACAGAGCUCAGUGAGCAAUAUAUGGGUUUUAUUACCUCAGAAAAAAAAAUUCACUCCCAUAGUCAAAUAAUUGUUGUACCAUCGCUUGCAUCCAUGAUGCUUAGGAACUUUUGACUCUGAUAUAGCGGUACAUCUCGUGAUUAUCGAAGGCUGCAAAAUAUUCACUGCACAAGUAAACACGAUCAGGUUUUUGUUUGUGUUUGUAUGUUCUUCUGUGAAGUUUUCAUUUCAGUACUUAAAUGUACAUAGUGUUGUCUUGUCUCUGUGUAUUGAAGUAUAUGCAAUCAUUGAUGCAUAUUGAUGCAUUGAUGCCAUGUGUAACCUGAAGCAAACAGUUAUAUCAGUCCAGAAGAAACACCUCAACUCAUAAGUAUGCAUUUCAAAAUCACGAGCAAAACGUAGGUCUUGCAGUAUUGCAUGUGUGUCCUAGAUUCAACAGGUACUCAAGUAGACAACUGGAAUCAACUCUUUCAUUUACGUUGAUUGGGUGACAGUUUUAUUAUGGAGAUUGAACUUUCAAAUAUUUGUGGUCCUAAAAUUACAGAAUGCACAUCUAAUUGUACUGGCACAAUGGUAAUGUAGUCAUUUAUAGAAUGAAUGCUCAGUGCAGGCAAGGAAAAAAUCUAAAGCAGUAUACCAUUAUGUUUGCUUUUUCCGCAUGAGCAUUGAAUUUGUACUAAUCAACACAAAAAGCAUGUGUGAAUAGAUCAGUAUGGAGGUUGUGUGGCAUUUAUGUUAUUUCAGAGAGAUUCUGUUUGGAGGAUGUGCAAUUUGAGUAGAUUUAAUCAUUCUUCAGUAGCUCAUGUCAAGAAGUGUAAUGUGAUCUUACAGCUGAGCGCACUUUACAACUUGUUCAUCUGGUUUGUGAUCCAAAGAAGGCAGGAAUAACAUUUGGCUGAGAUUGUAGUUGCAGAACACUGCCUGUAGGUGUCGCUACAGGAGCUGUGUGUCCUGUAGGUGGAGGAGGAUAAUCUGAUGCAACUGUAUAUUGCUCGCUGCUAACCUGAGAAGCCUUCACUUCUUACAGCACAUGCUGUAUGCUGAGGAUUUGACAUGGGAUGCUUUUUUAUCAGCUGUAGGAAAUUCACCUCCCUCUGUAAAGGAUUAUAGACAUCUCUGUUAAAAAUGUUCUUUUUUUUUUACCAUAUUUUUGGUACAGCAAUAGUGUGGUGUACUUGUAAUAACUGAAAUCUCUGACCGUUAAAUUAUGCAAAUACAUAUCAUAAGUUGCUAUUGCUUUUGACCCUUUCGAGAUCUUCAGUUGAGCUCGGAGUCUCUUGUCUUUGCUCCUUCCGUGUGGACAGGAAGGAGGAAGUCGGAGGAGCACCUUAAGCAGGCUGGCUAUAGUGGCUGUCAGCCUGGGAAUGAAUGCUCAUGACGCACCGACAGGACCGGAGGGAUGUCUUGGGGUGGCACCUUUGAUUAGGAGCUCCAGGUUUCACGUUCCCACUGGCUUUUCACUGAUGUUUUCUGCAGCUUGUUCACUCCAGAAUGGUUAUGACACAUCAGUCUGAUAACCUUUACAAAGAUACAAUGCAAAAAUCUCAAUGAAGAGUUACGUCAUUUGUAUUUUUGCACUAUUUCAGUGUUGUCAUUUUCUUUCCCUUUUUUUUUUUUUGCUAUUUGAAAUAUGUCCGGUAAAUUCCACUUCAAUAAAACUUGUAUUUAUUUGCUGAUCUUUAAUUCAGUCUCUGUGAGACUUUUUUGGUUGUUGUUGUGGGCAAACCAAUAAAACAGGAAAAAAUGG